AUGAAGAUCCUUGAUAUUGCUGAAUUCACAUCAGACAAAUAUGAUGGACCUAUCCGCCACCCUCACCUUAUCCCCCCUCGUCCCAGCAACUGCCUCCGUGAGGCCAUAGUAGGAUCGCCGACGACUCCAUGCGACUCCGAUGACGGGCCUGAGGCCGGUGUCGAGGUUACCGUGGUGUUUCCCUCUUCCGAGACGGUCCACCGCUGUGCUGCCGAGCCUCCUGUCGCCGCUACUGUUACAUUGCCGAGGUCGUCGCCAGAGGACUCGUUUCCAUUGCUCCGGUUAGCGAUUGCCAUCUCGAAGGACUACUGUGUCGUGUCGAUGCCCCCAGCCGCCGUAAGAACCGUCGUAGCGCUGCUGUUCUUCCCCUCCGAGUCGCUGUUGUCUUCCCCACUGCCAUCCUAUCCCGUUGUUGCAACGCCGCCGCCGUCGGUCAAUAGCGACGUUGCUGUCGUUCGAUGA